AGUAAUUGGUCUAAUUAGGUGGUAGGAAGGAGCUUCUUUAAAUUCUUCAGAAAUUAAGACGUGUCAUCCGCUUAACAUCUUAGCAUCUGUUACUGCCUCUUGCACAUUUCUCCACUACAUCAGUCUGAAGGACGCUUUCCUGGACCUUUCAGAGAGACAAAAAAACAACAAACCCUUGAAACAGAGAAGAAAUUGACACUUUCUUCAGUGGGAUGAAGCAUGUAAGGCAUUCCACCCCCUCCUUGUUUCUCAGUUUGGUGCACGUUUGCCUGGUUCAGGCAAAUUAUGCCCCCUAUUUCUUUGAUAAUGGAGCCAGAAGCACAAAUGGGAACAUGGCACUCCUCAGCCUUUCGGAGGACACACCUGUUGGUACCCAUGUGUACACUCUGAAUGGAACUGAUCCAGAAGGAGAUCCCGUGUCGUACGGCCUGGCCUAUGAAGCUGGAUCAAGACGCUACUUUUCUGUUGACAAGAACCUUGGAAAUGUUACGCUGAUCGAGGAGCUUGACAGAGAGAAGGAAGAUGAGAUUGAAGUUAUUGUCAGUAUUUCAGACGGCCUGAGUACAGUUUCUGAAAAAGUCAGGAUCCUUGUAACGGAUGCUAAUGAUGAGAGCCCGGAGUUUAUCAAUACACCUUACAUAGUCCAAGUCCCAGAGAACGCUCCCUCUGGCAGCAGUAUCUUUAAGAUUGAGGCAGUGGACAAAGAUACAGGUUCUGGAGGAAGUAUCACCUACUUCUUGCAGAACAUCCAUGCUAAUAAGUUUACAAUAGACCGGCACAGUGGUGUCCUGCGCAUCAAAACAGGGGUCACCCUGGACUAUGAGAAAUCAAGAACACAUUUUGUCAUCGUCGUAGCCAAAGACGGUGGUGGGAAGCUCAGGGGAGACAACAAAGUGUUUUCAGCCACAACAACAGUUACUGUCAAUGUGGAGGAUGUUCAGGACACUCCUCCCAUGUUCAUCGGGACUCCCUACUAUGGAUAUGUCUAUGAGGAUACACUCGCAGGCUCUGAGGUCCUUACUGUUGUUGCUCUUGAUGGAGACAGAGGAAAGCCUAACAGUAUUCAUUACUGCAUCGUGAACGGAAGCGAAGGUUCAUUCAAAAUCGGCAACACAACUGGAGCCAUUUCUGUUAUUAAAAGCCCAAAUCAGCUCAAGAAAGAAGUGUAUGAACUAAAAGUUCAGGCAUCCGAAGUCAGUCAGGAAGGUGACAUCUCAGUGUACGCUUUUGCCAUGGUGACUAUACGGGUGGUCGACCUCAACAACCAUCCACCAACCUUCUAUGGAGAAAAUGGUCCCCAGAACAGGUUUGAACUGACCAUGUAUGAGCAUCCCCCAGAGGGUGAAAUCUUGAGGGGACUGAAGAUUACAGUCAAUGAUUCAGAUCAGGGAGCCAAUGCUAAAUUCAACCUCCGUCUUGUCGGACCUGGUGGCAUCUUCCGAGUGGUUCCCCAAACUGUCCUGAAUGAGGCUCAGGUUACAAUAAUAGUGGAAAAUUCUGCUGCUAUUGACUAUGAAAAAUUCAAGGUGUUAACCUUCAAGCUUCUUGCAAUAGAGGUGAACACACCGGAGAAAUUCAGCUCGACAGCUGACGUAGUUAUACGCUUGCUGGAUACCAAUGACAAUGUCCCGAAGUUCUCCUCGGACUACUACAUUGCCAGGAUCCCCGAGAACUCCCCAGGGGGCUCAAACGUAGUUGCUGUUACAGCUACAGAUCCAGAUUCAGGGCUUUGGGGAGAAGUCAAGUACUCUAUCUAUGGAACAGGAGCAGAUCUGUUUCUAAUCCACCCAUCAACGGGUAUAAUUUACACCCAGCCCUGGGCUGUAUUAGAUGCUGAAGUGAACUCGAAGUAUAAUUUCUACGUGAAGGCAGAGGACACCGAUGGGAAAUACAGCUUGGCUGAAGUGUUUAUCACUGUGCUAGAUGUCAAUGACCACUCUCCAGAGUUCAAUGAAAACAUCCAGGAAAAGACGAUGAUCAUCGGGUCACCGGUGAAGAUAGAGGCUAUAGAUCAAGAUGCAGAAGAACCCAACAACAUUGUGGAUUAUUCCAUCAUGCAAGCAGAUCCAGCCAAUGUGUUUGAUAUAGACCAAAGCACGGGGGAAAUCAAGCUGAAAUCCUAUAUCCGUUCCCUGGACAUCAUCCACAACAUCACAAAGAACAAAGACUGCAUAUGGUCAGUGGUGGUGCAGGCCAAAGACCGAGGCUCCCCGUCCUUCAGUACCACGGCAGUUCUGAAGAUUGAUAUCACAGAGGAGACUCUUCACAAAGGGCCUAUGGCCGCCUUUUUGAUGCAAACUAAAGAUAACCCCAUGAAAGCCUUAGGAGUGCUAGCUGGUGUCAUGGGCAUAAUGGUGCUGAUAACUAUCAUGAUCUCUACUGCCAUGUUCUGGCGCAAUAAGCGGUCCAACAAAAUCAUGCCGGUAAGAAGGAUCAUAAAAAAGAGACAGACCCCACAGUCCCGGACAGUCAGGAUGGAGUGGCUGAAGUUCAAGAGGCCCAGCAAUGCUGCCGAGAAGUUUGUUGUUGAGGAUGAUGCCAAGAGCCUCCACAACGAGAACAGCAACAACAACAUCCAGGUUGCCCCCGUGCCACCGACCGCCCCCUUGCCCCCGCCACCUCCUGCCCUGGCUCCCAGGGGGGACGCCCCAGGGUGGCGGGUGCCAACCGUGUCCGGCUCCCUCACUCCCAAGUUUAUAAACAAGCAGCUGAAGAAGAGAGGUCAUGGCAGCGCCCACAAUGCCCUCGUGUCAGAGCUCAAAAUGAAGUUUGAGGAGAGGAACGCAGCUAUCAGUGAGCCCCACAUCUAGGUGCUCUUGGCAGCCCCCAGAGACUGCAGAUCAUGGCUGUGCAUGGAUAUAUUUAUGUGCCGUGGUCUUCCCGCGUCUGUCAGCACCCUGUGAACUGACAGCAGCUUCUUGCUGUGAUAGCCAUCCCUCACCUUCUGCAAGUAUUACACACUACGGAGUUACCCCACCCAUAGCAAACUCUGCGGCCCGUGUCCAGUUGCGACUGCAGUCCCUUCGGCUCGUGUCCCAGUGCUGCUCCCUCCCUGCAGCUGUCUGACCGGGCUGCUGAGUACCCUCACACCAGCCACCAUCUCCCCAGGCAAACGGAGAUUCAGGUUGCCCUGGUUUUGGAGGUCCCUACCCAGAGUCCUGGUUUUCAACCAAGACGCUCUGCAGCCAAGGCACUGGACGAUGCCACUUCUGACCUGGUCUGGCAGGUGGAUUUGAGGUGUCCAAAAACACAUCACUUCAAAUCCCAGACCCACUUUUGAAGAAGAUGUUGGCCUGGCUGUGGCACCAGCACCGAUGUGCAGGUCUCCUACAUCAGUGACACUGCGUGCUGCAGGAGGAUAGCAUGUAGCUGGUACUUGCUGUCCUCAGGGCGCGACAUGCUUUGCAACAGCUGGUGGAGUGAUGUGCUCAUGGCCCGAGUACCUUCAUUUCCAAAAGGUAAGCGGGCAGGCUUGGAGAAGUUCUUCAUUUUCCUGCAGCUAAUGCCGGAUUUUGCCAGAGUACGCUGACAUGAUGCUGCGCUUUGCUUCUGCCCUGGACUUGCUUGCUCAUCAGGGGACGGGAGGGCCACCUCAGCCUUCCCUAGACCAGCUGGGGAAAGAUUUGAGCACAGUUCAAUAGCAGCGCUCACUCCUUCUGACACCGCGUCCCCUCAUGAAGGAGAGGCCAGCAGGAGAAGGACAUGAUUAAAAGCAGCAGGGAAGACAAGGUAAAACCGAGAGAAAAAUGAUAAGUGAAAAAUACAGAUAAGUGCUGGAAAGUCACAUAUGUCCAUCAGGGAAGUGUCUGGAAAGAUCAUUUGGUUUUGUGCACUGCUAGCAGGAGGUGUCGGGGAAUGUAUUUCAUCACCUCUCCUGGCUUACUCCAGGGACUGGUGAGUGCAAAAGGAGGUUUCCAUAAAAUAUUCUUGUUUGUCCUAUCAGUAUUUUUGAGUGAAUUAUGCAACAGUUAAGGGAGCGGGUGGUGUGGGGGGGGUGGCAUCUGACACCUUUUUUUCCUGUUACGUGACCGUAAAAAGGCACCAAAGGCAGAGCACUUUUUUUCACUGGAUCUACCCCACAGUUUCUCCCUCAUGUUUGUUUCUGAGGGAUGUUUUUCAGCUGGGCCUGGCUGUUUCCCAUCCCCUGGGGAGAAGGCAGCACGCCGGGCUGGCUGGGGAGCAGCACCCUGCACCCUCUGCCUGAGCCCUGGCCCCGCAGGGCAGCUGUGCUCCCAUGGAUCAGCACCGUGAACAUCAAGGUGGAGAGCAAACCCUACAGGACAGGACACUGUGUUAAUUCAUGAGACUCUUGUCCAGCUGUUUUCAGCUGGAUCAGCAGACCUGGUCCUCAGGGGCUCCUCUUCUCUCACCCCAUUAGCUGGUCUAAUUCCCUUUGUUUGCACCAGGACUUCAUCAGCGUAGGGGAUAGCUGGUUGAAUAAGAAGUUACCCACUUACAGGGAAAAUCCUGUAAUUUUGAACUUCAGUUCAAGCCACCUAGAAGACAGAGGGUGACCAUGGCUCAUGUCACCCGUGGGCUGAGCCAGGGGCUGUAGCCGAAAGGUGCGGCAGGGUCCCAGCUGGGGGCCGUGGCAGCAGCACUGCUCCCAGAGCCUCUCCACCUCUCUCAUUUCCUCCACUGUUUUUUUGCUUAUUCCUCCUCCUGGAGCCGCGUGGCGUGAGGCCUAGGCUCUUGCGUUGUGUGCGGUCACCUCAUCCUUGUCGUUCGGCUGUGAGCCGGUGGGAGGGAGGGUACGUGCAGCCCCCGGCCCCAAUCCUGCUGCCCCGCACAAGCACGCAUCUUCUGCUGGUUGCGUCUCCACCAACUUCUGCAAUGUUUCCCGAGGUACCAAGAGUUUGUGAUUUAUUUCCUGUACUACUGUUUUCCCGCUGUUGUGUUGAAGCCAGUACUCAAUGUUCAUUCUCCAGUGAGGAAAGCCUUUAAAGACCAUUCAAUUAAGUGAGAUUUAACAGGAGUUAUAGGCUUAUAGUCUUAGAGAUUAUAUUUAAGAGGGAAUAAAGAUGUUUUAUUACUAUGCUGUGAGACUUUUUUCCAGUUACUCUGUAUUUCAACUUCAGGGGUGUUUUUUUAUAAAUAAAAAAAAAACU